ACUGUGUGUUCCUCACAGCUCCAGGGCCAGACCCUGCUGCCCUGCUGCAGACAACAAAGCCAUGGUCUCUGUGCCCUGAUCCUGCAGAAGCUCAUGGGGAGCUCCAGAUUGGCACCCUUGCUCCUGCCUCUCCUCCUGCUCUUUAGCCGAUCUGUGUCUGCUGAGGUUGGCUGUCCCUACCUGCCACACUGGACCAGCCGCUGUCUACUGGCCUCCUAUGUGGAUAAGAGUUUCGCUGGCCUUCAGUGGGGCUGGUUCCCUCUCUUGGUGAAGAAAUCUAAAAGGCCUCAUAAGUUUGAAUUCUACUGGAGACGCCGGACACCAGCAUCCUCCCAGAGGAAGCUGCUAGGCAGCCUUUCCCCAUCUCUGGAAGGCCAACACAUUUCCAACCCCUUCCCAGCUAUCUCUCGCAAAGAGCCACGCUCCAAAAGGACCCAGCCGCCUUCAGAUGCAGAAGGCGUAGCGCAUCUUCCUGGAGCAGGUUCACAAAAGUGUGGAGGACCUGAAUUCUCCUUUGAUUUGCUGCCCGAGGCACAGGCUAUUCGGGUGACUAUUCCCCCAGGCCCAGAGGCUAGUGUGCGUCUUUGUUACCAGUGGGCACUGGAAUGUGAAGACAUGAGCAGUCCCUUUGAUACCCAGAAAAUUGUGCCUGGGGGCCACACUGCAGACCUGCCCUAUGAAUUCCUCCUGCCCUGCAUGUGCAUAGAGGCCUCCUACCUGCAAGAGGACACUGUGAGGCGCAAAAAGUGUCCCUUCCAGAGCUGGCCUGAAACCUAUGGCUCGGACUUCUGGAAGUCAGUCCACUUCACUGACUAUAGUCGGCACGAUCAGAUGGUCAUGGCUCUGACACUGCGCUGCCCGCUGAAACUGGAGGCUUCCCUCUGCCAGAGACAGGACCCGCUCAUGCCCUGUGAAACCCUCCCCAAUGCCACAGCACAGGAAUCAGAAGGAUGGUAUGUCCUGGAGAAUGUGGAUCUGCACCCCCAGCUCUGCUUUAAGUUUUCUUUUGAAAACAGCAGCCAUAUUGAAUGUCCCCACCAGAGCGGGUCUCUCCCGUCCUGGACUGUGAGCAUGACUACCCAGGGCCAACAACUGACCCUGCACUUUUCCUCGGGGACGUAUGCUACCUUCAGCGCUGCCUGGAGUACCCCAGGCUUGGAGCUGGAUACCCUGAUGCCUACUGUGUACAGCGUCAGCCAGACCCAGGGCUCAGUCCCAGCGACUUUAGAUCUCAUCAUUCCCUUCUUGAGGCCGGGGAGCUGCAUCCUGGUGUGGAGGUCAGAUGUCCAGUUUGCCUGGAAGCACCUUUUGUGUCCUGAUGUCUCCCAUAGGCACCUGGGACUCUUGAUCCUGGCACUGCUGGGCCUCGCCACUCUCCUGGGCAUAGUUCUGAGCCUCCUCUGUCGGCGCUUACUGCCUGGCCCAGGCCAGGCGCGGCCAAUUUUACUACUGCAUGCAGCCGACUCAGAGGCACAGCGGCGUCUGGUGGGAGCGUUGGCCGAACUGCUGCGGACCGCGCUGGGCGGCGGGCGCGACGUCAUCGUGGAUCUCUGGGAGGGGACGCAUGUGGCACGCAUUGGACCACUGCCGUGGCUGUGGGCGGCGCGGGAGCGCGUGGCGCGGGAGCAAGGCACGGUGCUGCUGCUGUGGAACUGUGCAGGCCCCAGCCCGGCCGGCAGCAGCGGCGACCCACACACCGCGUCCCUUCGCACCCUGUUCUGCGCUGCCCCAAGCCGGCUGCUGCUUGCCUACUUCAGUCGCCUCUGCGCCAAAGGCGACAUCCCCCGGCCUCUGCGCACUCUGCCACGCUACCGCCUGCUUCGCGACCUGCCGCGCCUGCUGAGGGCUCUGGAUGCUCGGCCUGCCACCCUAGCCACCAGCUGGAGUCACCUUGGGGCUAAGCGGUGCUUGAAAAACCGCCUGGAGCUGUGUCACCGGCUGGAACUCGCCGCCAAAGUUGACCACCAAGGCUCAGCCGAUCAUCCCUGCGGUUCCAGUUGUCUGUAGCCUCA